CCGAGCGGGAGCGGGCCCACAACGGCCCCGGAGCCGCCCGGUGUCGGGAGCCGGCCAUGGCAGCGGCAGCGGCGCCACACACCUCAUUCCUUCAGUUCAGCCACGCUGUCUUGAGCAAGGUGUAGCCCCUCGGGAAGUCACCGUGCGUGUGCUGAGUGCUGUUUGGUGCUGGUUUCUGCGGGUGUCUCCUGGAGCCUUCCAAUGGGGAUAAAAGAAGCCGUCAGAAGAUACGAAACAAGGAAUAGGACAGCAGGGACAGAACUGCCAUCACCCAAAUCCCGAGUGGAUUGGAGACGCACUCGAAGGGAGCUCAUACUGCUUGACAGCAAUGACGAAUCCUCAGCCAGCUCUGAGGAGGAGGAGGAGGAAGAGUCUACCACAUCRGAAAGUGAAGUAGACGAAAAAGAUCAAACCACUGUGAAGAGCAGYCUUUCAGAUCAGGAAAAGAAAAAAGAGCACAGUGGGGAAGUAACGGAGGAUGGUGAGGAUGAGUGCAUUGUGCCUGGGAAGCGUAAGAGGUUGAGCACCUCUGUCAUGUAUGACAGUGAUGAAAGCGAAGAUAGUGACAUACUUGUUAGAAAGGUUCCUGCCAAGCGCCACUGUAUMAUGGAUGACGAUGAGAGUUCUGAAGAGCAGCACCCUACAGAGAAUGUUUCUACUAACAGGAAACAGGAAGUGCUUGCRAAAUUGAAAGAACUUGCAAGACAAAGUGCAGCUCGGAGGUCCUGCAGCAGUGCAAUUUGUGAGGAUUCUAAUAGUGAAGCAGAAAUGGAAGAGGAACCACUCUSUCCGUUGCCCCUCACACCCUCAGAAGGCAGUGAAACUGACAAUGACAGCAUGAAAGAUUUCAUAGUAGAGGAAGAGGAAGACGAUGGUGAUGAUAAUGAUGAUGGUAACACAGAGAAGGUGAAGGGUGGAAAUGUACCACAUCAAAAGCAACCAUAUCCAUCAAACAGCGAGCUGCUGGCACACUACAUCCCACAGUUAUCUCGCUGUGAUCAUUAUGUACACUUCAAAAGAAUAGUAAAGGCUUUGCUCAUAAAUGCCAUUGAUGACACUUUUCUGAGCUCAUURUAUGAUGGAACGAGACAAAAGAAGUAUGCACAAGACAUGCUGCUCUCACUUCAUUAUUUGGACGACCGCUUCAUUCAGCCUCGUCUUGACAAUUUAAUCUGUAGAAGUCGCUGGAAAGAUCGAUACAAGGAGCGCGUGGAUUGUUACCCAGAUGUUCGCAUAAGCUUGAAAAAUACCCAAAAAAUGUCUUGUCAGGCCUGUGAGUUGAAGCGGUAUUGUAAGUUCAAUGUGUUGCUCUCUGGAAGGCUUUAUAAUAGUAAAACUUUGGAAGUGGAUGACUUCAUGUCAAAUGAUAAACAGGUUUUGAAGGUUGGCGUGGUGUGUGCAAAUCGUACAAGAGUUUAUCACAACUUAAAACACUUCAAGUACAAGCUGUACGUGGAUUGCAGCUCUGUUGUUGAAUUGGAUGGUGUUGAGGAUGAACCAGUCAAAGACACUGUAGAGCGGCUUUUCAGCCRCUUGGAAGCGAGUGGGUGGAUUCAGAAGAAAUACAAUGAUCUUGAAGAUUACAUGGAAGAUGCAGACAGUUUCCAAGAAGAGAAAAUUGAUUAAGAGAUCAUACAGCUCUUUAAAAGACAUCUUUAAAAAUGUGAAUGCCUUACUUCACCUGCAUACACUUUAUCUGCCUGGACUUCAGCAUUUCUUUUUAGGGUGUUACACCUAAAUUCAUAUGCCUUUGUACUACUGUUUGAUAAUGUGCUGUAUCUUUUUUUCUCACCUGUGUCAAUAUAAACCUGAACUUUUACCAAAUCAGUCUAAUACAGUAUUACUGCAUUAAUCACUUUAAGUUUCCUACUGUUAGAAACAUCAGUUCAAUAUCUAUUUACUUGUGAAAUAAAAUUUCCACCUAUUUAUAUUGAGCUGCAUUGUAGGGAAUCUAGGAGAUGCUGAGAUCUUUUGAAGUGGGUAUAUUUGGAAAGGUAAGACUUUGUUACACAAGAGCUUAGGACUUGGAUCUGACCUGCCUUAUUGCUCAUGUGCAAGUUAGUCCAGUCAGUUAGAAUGAUAGUUACAACAAACAGGACCGAAAUGCAAAGAUCUAUUUCUCUUCUGAGGAAUCAGUAUAGACAGUUGCAAGGCAACAGAGGAAAUAUUCUGCAGCUCUGAAUAUAUUUGCAGCACAAUAGUCAUUCCUCUCUUGAGAAAGUAGGUGAUGAGUCAGAGUAUAAGCGUCAUACAGACUGAGUCUGGCUUAGCCAUCGAAAUGAACACAUGGGCCCACAUUGCUGUCUCUGAUAAGCAGCUGGGGCAAUUUACUGAGAUUUUAAACAUUGAGUUACAUUUUGCAAACAUAAUGGCAGCAACUAGGAAUAAGUGCAAUCCUAAGAGAAUGGAUUAAUAUGCCCAUGUAAGAUAAGAAAGAAUUCUUCCAAUGUAACUUGACAGAAAGUAGGAGUUAGACAGAAACAAGAUGCAUGGCUUACCAGAAUUGCAUGAAACCCAGAGCAGAGUAGAUUUUUGAAGAUUUAUGAAGGGUUAAGUAUGGUAUUGUCCAUUCUGAAAAAACUAGGCAUGAACUGUAAAUGUGCAUUUGCAUCCCAGAAAGCCAGAUGUGUCCUGGACUGCAUCCAAAGCAUUGUGGACAGUAGGUUAAGGGAAAUGAUUCUGCCCCUUUUAUGAAACCCUACCUGAAGUUCUGCAUCCAGCUCUGGGGUCCUGGCACAGGAAAGACUGGACCUACUGGAACAAGUCCAGAGGAGGGUCACUAAAUUGAUCAGAAGGCUGGCUGCAGACAGGCUGAGAGAGUUGRGAUUGUUAAGGCUUUGGAGACCUUACUGCAGCCUUUCAGUACUUGAAGGGGGGCCUACAAGAAUGAUGGAGAGGGUCUUUUUACCAAGCCCUGUAGUGAUGGGACAGGGAACAGGUUUUAAACUCAAAGAGGAUAUGUAUAGAUAGCCAUAGGGAGGAAAUUGUUCACUGCAAGGUUGGUGAGACACUGGCACAGGUUGCCCAGAGAAGGUGUGGAUGCCCCACCCCUGGAAGUGUGCAAGGUUAGGUCAGGAUGGGGCUUUGAGAAACCUGGUCUACUGGAAGAUAUCCCUGGCCAUUAGGAUCAUUAAAGGACCCUUCCAACCCAAAUGAUUCAAUGUUUCUCUCCCUGUAUUUUGGGCUGCAUAUAAAAGGAAUCAGAGCCUAAGAUCCAAGGUUUUGGAUUCUGUUAGGGGCUGUUCCUACAUCUUGCYGUAGGCACACACUCUAUUAGUCUUUUGUGGCUGAGCAACUUAGUGAAAGAUACUAUUAACACUGAAUUCUUAUAACACGUUACUUUCUCAAUAGCAAAACUAAUGAAAUCUGAUGUCUCAUAGAUUUGUCCAUAAGAAAUCCCCACAUUCAUUUUGCCAGUUUACUGGAAACAGAUAUGCUGAUUGGGUAGGCAACUGCUGCCAGGUGCAUUGCUUAACAGUGAACAUCUGCUGGCUUUUUUAUAUAGAGGCUGUACCUUAGAUUUAUCAUUCACUACCCUUUUCCCAGCAUUCAUUCUAAGAAAUGAACUGCUUUUACUUGUGUAAGGAUUUGAAAUUCAGCAAUGUUUUAAAUGYUAUUAGGGUGAGCUAAUAGCAUCAGUUCUCCUUUGUACCACAUACAGAUAAAAGAUAUACAAAACCAAGAUGAAAAUUCUCAAUAAACAUAUGGAGACUUGCUCUCAAGUAAACUUACACUAAAGAUAUUMUUUCCAUACCUUACCUGUGAAUUAGAUCCAUAAAAUUCUGAGGUUUGGUAUGUCUUACAUCUAUCUCCCUGGUUACCAAAGCUGAAGGUUUUCUUCUCUAUUCUCUGUUCCCCCCCCAUCUCUGUUCUUCUGGGAAUAUGGGUGAGAACACCCAUCAGCUUAAAAGUACUCAGGAAUCCAUCUUGAAUAUAUCCCUUUUAGUUAAAGUAAUGCCCACUGAUACCUCACUUCUUUCUGUUAACAAAAUCUUUAUAUACUUUUGUUUACUUCUCUAGAACACACCCUUGGCGUAACUUUGUUCUUACAGAGGAAAAUCAUUCUGAAAUGAGUUCUGUACCAUGCAAUGGAGCAUGGCCUCUUAGAGCCUUCCUGACUGGUCCUAACUUCUGCUACCGUACAAAUUUUCUGAAAACUCUCAAGACUAUUGAUUUUUACUUAUGAAUUUUGUUAUCAAAAUGAAUGGUUGAUCUCUCAUUUUGCUACAUUUAAACAGUUUGCUACCAAAGUAAAGAAUAAGUUUGUGAAAUUCUAGCUUGCUGAUUACAGGUAAUUUUUCAAGAAUACUUAGAUUUUGAUUGAAAAUUGAAGUGAUCAAAUUGUCGAAUUAUUAGUUUUGCUCAUUUUUUUACAUCCCAGACCUUGUUUCUCACUUCCUCUUCGUUCACCUAAAAAGUGUGUCCUAUUUGCUUCUUGUUCUGCAGGCAUUCUUUUUCCACAUCAUCAUUUUUUUCUGUUGCUAACAGUUAUAGAAAAGUACCCUGAUGGAAUUUCUUGGUAGAAAGUGCUUCCAUAAGUUUUUGAAUCUUAUCUGUGGUAUCACCAGUAGGACUAAGAAAAUACCUGAAAUUGACAUCACUGAUUUCUGUUUCAGUAAGAAACAGACAUUUGAUUUGACAGGGGCUGAUGUGAUGUUUUUGUGUGUAUUGUGUCUUUUAACCUCUGAUACUCCCCUGACUGAGAUGGGAGGAAGUGAUAUAUUUUUGUGGCUGUUGUUCUACCUGAAGUGUUUCUACAAGACAGCAAAUGUCAAGUGUCAUUACAUCAUGUUUACAUUUGUCUUCACCACAGGAAGUUAAAAACUUGUUUAGAAGAGUAAAUAUGUAAAAAUUUAGAUCAAAUUUUCUAGGUCUGUCUGCAAAUGCUAGUACAGCAUGAAGCACAAAGAAGACUCUUACCCCUGAGACUUUCUAUAUAUAGAAAUAAUCAGAGUAUUUCUAACAGAAAAAAAUUGUGCACAUAUCUAAUGAUGGGAGAUGUUAGAAAUCUGRCUGAUCUUCAAUGCUUUUUUUUUCCACGUCAGAGAAGCUGAAUGGAGUUAGGAGGUGAGAGAAUAAAAUGUUUGCUCCAGUAGGACAUUUUAAAUUGUUUUUAGUGUUAAUUUUUGAAGUAGUAGCUUUAAUUAAGAUAAAGUACCUGUCUUAAUGGAACAAUGAAGAGAGCUCAGUAUGCGAUUAGACUUUGCACGGGUGAUUAAUGAUCAUACUUGGAAAUUACUUUAGCUCCUGUAAUGUUUUGAUAAUCUGCUCUAGUUUAAAUUCUKUAACUGGAGACGGUGAUAAUGAUGAAGUUCACACAAGGUAUUUAUACACAGGAUCAGGCUUACUUCAGGGACAGGAGGUUCUUUUUGGUCUAUAUUCUGAUCAGUUCUUGUCAGUGAAGUAUGAAAAGAAAUUAUUUUUCCCAUGUCCUUUCCCAUGUCCUUUUG